AUGAAUAUUAAUGGUAAAAAUGAAGAUUGGAAUUUGUAUGAUGAUUAUUUUGUUGAUGAGAAUGAAUUACGAGAUAUGACAAAAAUAUCCUUUAGUGAACAUCCCAAAUCUGGUUAUAUAGUACGUUCCCGUUCCUCAAUCUUAUCAUGUUCAGCUAUCAAUACUAAUAAAAUAAGGGUAAAAUGUAAUUCACAAUGGAUUGAUAAUGAUAUGAUUGAUAUUUCAAAAGGAAUUGAUCAAAUAACAAAAUCAAAUUUAACAAGAGUAACUGUUGAUAUGUCACGUCAACUUUCUGAUUCUUCCAUCUCUGGUAGUUUUUUAUUUAAACAACCAAAAAUUAAUUGUCAAUGUUAUGGAUAUGGAGGAAAUGAAAAAAUAUUUAUUAAAUCAGAUAUGGCUGUUCUUAAAUUGGCAUAUAUAAGAAAACAUUUUUUACAUUCACCAUCAUCUGAAAGAAUUCAUGAAGGUAAAAUGAUACAAAUUCCAUGUACACCACCAGAAUCUGAUCCACCAUCUGAAAUAACAUGGUAUAAAGAUGGUUUAAAAAUUGAUAAUACAUUUGAUCCAAAUAUAAUAUUAGCAAAUGAUGGUAGUUUAAUUAUAUCAACAACAAGACUUAAUGAUUCUGGUAAUUAUACAUGUGAGGCAAAAAAUAUUGCUAAUAAAAGAAUAUCUGAACCAGGUGAAAUAACAGUUUUCGUUAACGGUGGCUGGUCUCCUUGGAGUGAGUGGUCUGGUAGUUGUUAUGUCAAUUGUAAUUUAUUAUUAGAAAAUGUCAAAAAGUUUAAUGGUGAUGAACAAAUUUUACAAAGGUUAAUGCCGUCGCAAAGAAGAACUAGAUUAUGUAACAAUCCACCACCAUUAAAUGGCGGUGAUCCUUGUAAUGGUGAAGAGGAACAAUUUAAUGAAUGUCCUAAUACAUGUGAAGAGUAUUUUGGUCAUUGGACAGAAUGGACAUCUUGGUCUAUGUGUAAUGAGAAUUGUCAAAAGACUCGCAACAGGAAAUGUAAAGAUAAUACCGAUAAAUAUUUAUCUUCAAAUGAUGUUGUUUGCCUUGGAUCAUCACAAGAACAUUCAUUUUGUCUUCUUAAUGAUGAUUUUUAUAAAAAUAAUAAUUGUAGUACACUUAUGAAAUCACUUAACCCACCAUACAAUCAUCAUAUAGAUGAAUAUAAUAAGAUGCCAUUUAAUAAUAAUAAUAAUCAAUAUAAUAGAAAUCAUUUUUCAUUAAAUAAUAUACAUAAUCAAGUAGUCGGCAAUGGUAUGUCAAGUGGAGAUUUAAAUAUUCAAUGGACUUCACAAUUCGUGACUUUAUCUAUUCUUGGACUUGUUUCUUUUAUAAUACUUCUUCUUUUAUUAAUUAUACUUACUUUUAUGUGUUUUAAAAGAAUAUCAAAAAAAAGACGUAAAAAAGAAUCAAGAUGUCAUCAUUAUGAUAAAGAAACAGUUAGAACAGUUUUAUUACAACAACAUCCAAAUACUCAAGCAACAUUAGCAAAUAAAAUAAAUUCUUUUCAUUAUGAUCCUAUUGAUAAUCCUAAUAAUUCACCAUUUCCUUAUAAUUUUACAUUAAAUUCAAAAAUGAGUGGUAAUUCUAAUUAUUCAUUUAAAAAUAGUGGAAAUAAAUCAACAUGUAGUACAGCAUUAAUUGUUAAUUAUGAUAAUACUUCAUCAAAUCAAAAAUUUCAUCAUAUUAAAGGAUUAUCAAUAAAUGGUGAUAAUUAUAGUUCUGAUGAUAAUUAUGCUAGUUUAUAUGAUAUUGAAACAGAAACAAUACAACAUAGUUCAACAACAACUUCAAAUAAAUUAUAUAAUGAUGAUGUAAAAGAUAGAUUUGCUACAAUAAUUGCAGCAUCAAUUGAACCAUGUGGUGGAAAAAUAAAAUUACAAAAAAAUGGUGCUGGACUUUUAAUAUCAGAAGGUACUUUUAUUAGAGAUAAAAUGUUAUUUUUAGCAUUAUCUGAUGAUUUAAAAGAUAUGCCAUCAGUUGCUGAAGAUGAACAUCAUCUUAGUUCACUUGUUAUGUGUGGAAUAUGUGAUAAUGACAAUUAUAAUAAUUUUAAAAAUGAUAUGUUAAAACCAAUUGUUUUGACAUUUGAUCAUAAUGCAUCAUUAUUUCCAAAAGAUAAUUGGAUAUUUACAUUAUAUGUUAAUUAUGGUUGUAAAGAUGGAUGGCAUGCUAUAAAUUCAUUCUCAUCUAAUGAAUCAAUAUCUAAAAUAACUGAAAAUGAUACACCUGAUGAUUGUAUAUUUAUUGUUGAAAGAGAAAAAUGUCAUGUUAUGAGUCAAAAAUUUGGACAAUUUUUAUUAGUUGGAAAAUCAAAAAAAAAGACUAAUCAACCAUCAAAAAGAAUUCAUAUAUCUGCAUAUAUUUCAUCUUCUGAAUUUAAUACUAAUACAAUUUAUCCAACAUCUAUACGUUUAUAUUUUGUACCAGAAACUGGUAUGGCUGUAGAAAAUGUUCGCAAACAAGAAGAAAACCAAGGAUACCUUGUAGGUGAGGCAGAAAAUUUUUUACUAAAAGAAAAUGGUUCAUUAUGUUGUAAAUUAUAUAAUCAAAAUUAUCAAGAAAUUCAAAUAGUAGAUAUUCAUGAAAAUAAUCAUAAUUGGUGUUCACAAAAUGGUUUACAUAUUGUUGUUAAUUUACCUAAUACAAAUUAUCCAUUUAUUGGACAUUUUAAAAUUUAUCAAAAUGGUAAUAAUUUUUCUGAACCAACUCAAUUAAAUAUUAAUCUUAUGAAUGUUAAUCCUAAUGUUAUAAUGGGAAAAUCUGUUUUCUAUGAUGAUAAAUUAGUUUCUAAUGACUUUUUAUUAAAUAGUAUGGUAAAAACUCAAUUAUCAUAUUUAAUUGAUAAAGAACCUUUUAUGUUUAAAUCUUUAGCAAAAAAAUUAGGAAUGGAACAACAUAUAAUCUUUUUUAAAAAUAAUAUCAUGUCAAAUGGAAUGUCUCCUACAGGAUUAUGUCUUGAAUUAUGGGAAUCUAUUAAUGAAGGUUCUGAAAGAGCAAUUUUGGAUCUCCUACAAACAAUACGAGUACUUGGAUGCACAGAAGGUGUUAUUCUUCUUGAAAAAUAUGUUGCUUCAUUAUUUGACUACAAUUAA